CAUGUUCUUGCUAAUGGAAAAACCCAUUUUGGAAGGCCCAAUCAAACCCAGAAAUUCCCAUCUUCAUCGUCUCCGAUCAAUGACAAGAGAAGUAAAACGCAGAGACAAAUGAAGGUGUAGCCACAGUGACUGACCAUAAAUGAAACCAUGGUGAACAACCCCAUCAUCACCCUCACUUGUAGCAAAGCCCUCCCUCUCUUAUUCCUCUCCUCCUCCCGCUCCCCAUUCUUCACUUCCCACCUCACCCCAAAACCCUCCUCCUCAAUCUCCUUCACAACAACAAAAACGAGAUGGAACACCACCGUGUCUUCCGCCUCGGACAUCGACAUGGUCAGAAACAAGCAAGGCGUGUACACACCCAAGCACAAGAAGGUCGUGAUCCUGUGGGACCUCGACAACAAGCCCCCGCGCGGCCCGCCGUACGAGGCGGCCAUGGCUUUGAAACAGGUGGCCCAGCACUUCGGCGAGGUCGUCGACGUGUCCGCCUACGCCAACCGCCACGCGUUCAUCCACCUCCCCAACUGGGUCGUCGAGCAGCGCCGCGAGCGUAAGAGCUUGGACAUUCUAGAGAGGAAGGGUAUAGUCACGCCGCCGGAGCCCUACAUCUGCGGCGUCUGCGGCCGCAAGUGUAAGUCCAACAUGGACUUGACGAAGCACUUCAGGCAGCUGCACGAGAGGGAGAGGCAGAAGAAGCUGAACCGGAUGAGGGGCCUGAAAGGGAAGAAACGGCAGCGGUUUAAGGAGAGGUUUAUAACCGGAAAUGAUAAGUAUAAUGAGGCUGCGAGGAGCUUGAUUAAGCCGAAAGUGGGGUAUGGGUUAGCGGCGGAGCUGAGGAGAGCUGGGGUGUUUGUGAAGACGGUGGAGGAUAAGCCGCAGGCGGCGGAUUGGGCGUUGAAGAGGCAAAUGCAGCAUUCUAUGAGCCGUGGGAUUGACUGGUUGUUUUUGGUUUCGGAUGAUUCGGAUUUUCAGGACAUGUUGAGGAAGGCGAGGGAGGCGAGUUUGGGGACUGUGGUGGUGGGGGAUUGGGAUAGAGCUUUGGGGAGGCAUGCGGAUGUGUGGGUGCCGUGGAAUGCAGUGGAGAAGGGGGAGAUUUCCGAGAAGGAUUUGGUGCCGAAGAGGAGCAGGAGUAAGUUUUUUGAUGAGGAUGUGGAGGAGGAGGAAGGUGAUGUGGAGUUGUUUUCGGAUUUUGGGUUUGGUGGGAGUGAAUUGGACAAUGUGGUUGAUGAGCUUGUUGGAGUGAGGUCUCAGGGGUCUGGUGGAAUGAGAAUCUCUGCGUUUUCGGAAGGGGAAGUGGAAGAAGGAGAUUGGGAGGAGGAUUAUGAGGGAAGUGAGAAUGGGGACUAUUUGUCGGAUGAUAGUGAGGAUCUAGAUUCAGAAGAUGAAGAUGGGUUCUUUUGAUAUCUAUUAAGAUAUAGUAGCAAUGUGCCAUUUGAUUCAGCUGUGGCACAGGUUGAGUAGCAAUGUUGCUACAUUGUGAUUAAUGGCAAAGGAUGGAGUUGAUGAAGGAUCGUUCGCUUAUUCUAUUUGAUCAUUCAUGGUAAAGACACAAUUUGGUGCUCUGUAAGUGUUCAUAAUUCCUGGUUAAGAAAACAGAGCUAUUAAUUUUACUUCUAGCUUAGCUGAAUGUGAAUACCAACUACAGUGGAAGGUCUAAUGUUC